GACGCUGGUGCUCACGAUAAGCGUAUCGCCAGCAACGUCAGUUGAAUGGUAACCAAUUCUCUUGGCUCCUUGGCCGGUCCACUUAGAGACGACGAGAUUACUUAAAGCCAAGCAGCGUCGGCGAGGGUGGUUGGGAGUCAGGAGAACAGGUGUCGCUUUGCAGCUGAUGUCUCACAUGGCUGAACGGUGAAAACAAGUAGUUAAUUCAAGCAUAAAAUUUGUAAUACGGCUAGGCGUGAAGGAGAGGUCACCUCAAUCACAUCUGCACUGAGAGUGAUGAUGCUGAUCAUUGCAGGUCAAGCCUAGGGUUUUGCAGCAGAUUGUGUAGCCCUAAGCAGUAAUGGUGGACAUGCCACAGCAGCGUUGCACGGUAGCUUUUGUAAGAGCCACCAACAAACUCUUAUUUAUCAGUUCCUCUCGCGGGUAUGGCGGCGGAGCGUACAUAUCACCUGCAGAAUGCCUGUCGAUACUCUGAGAGAGUGACGGUCCAAGCAAGGUACAUCCGGUACCGACACGGACUGAUAUCACACUUCCUCGUCGCGGGCGGUGGUACAAAGCACAAAGGCUUCGAUACUUCGGUGCUACUUACACCCUUCCAGCAAGAUAAUCCUAGCACGUCGUUGUGAUAGGGGGUUGACGGUCGUCCGGGAUUCCACCUGGUUCACUCCGUUGAUUUAGCCUGAGCCUCGCGAGAGCAUCCCUGCAAGUAUGUGCCACA